GAGCUGGCUCUGAAGUCCUUGGGAAAUGAGGGGCUGUUUCUCUUUUCCUCUCUGGACACAAACAACGACCUGUACCUCAGCCCAGAGGAGUUCAAGCCAAUAGCUGAGAAGCUGACAGGAGUUGCUCCCAUCGUGGAAUCAGAAGAGGAGGAGACGCCUGAUCCGAGUGGGGAGACACUGACUGUUGUGGCUAAAUUCCAGCCUUUGGUCAUGGAAACAAUGACGAAGAGCAAGGAUGGUUUCUUGGGAAUUUCUCACGUUGCUCUGUCUGGGCUGAGGAACUGGACAGCCCCAGCAGCCCCUAUGAGUGUGCUGCUUGCCAGGCAGUUUAAAGCCUUUCUUCCUCCAAAAAACAAACUGGAUCUUGGAGAUCCAUGGUGGAUAAUUCCUAGUGAAUUGAACAUCUUCACUGGGUAUCUUUCCAACAACAGAUUUUACCCUCCACCUCCCAAGGGCAAAGAGGUGAUAAUCCACAAGCUUUUGAGCAUGUUCCACCCACGUCCCUUUGUCAAAACCCGCUUUGCUCCCCAGGGAGCUGUGGCCUGCAUCCAAGCCAUCAGCAGCUUCUACUACACCAUAGCAUUCCGGAUCCAUGCUGAGUUCCAGCUGAACGAGCCACCAGACUUCCCCUUCUGGUUUUCCCCGGGACAGUUCACAGGUCACAUCAUCCUCUCCAAGGAUUCUUCCCAUGUCCGAGAGUUUAAGCUCUUUGUCCCUAACAACAGGUCUCUGAACGUGGAUAUGGAGUGGCUGUACGGCGCCAGCGAGAGCAGCAACAUGGAAGUGGAUAUUGGGUACCUGCCCCAGAUGGAGCUGGAAUCGACAGGGCCUUCAAUCCCUGCCGUGAUCCACGACGAGAACGGAAAUGUGAUUGACAGCAGGGAUCCCUCAGGGGAGCCCAUCCAGUUUGUGUUCGAGGAGAUAACCUGGCAGCAGGAAAUCCCCUGGGAAGAGGCAGCCCAGAAGCUGGAAGUGGCCAUGUAUCCAUUUAAGAAGAUCUCCUACCUGCCCUUCACACAAGCUUUUGAGAGAGCAAAAGCAGAGAAGAAGCUGGUGCACUCGAUCCUGCUGUGGGGUGCCCUGGAUGACCAGUCCUGCUGAGGUUCGGGGCGAACUCUCCGGGAGACAGUCCUGGAAAGUUCGCCCAUCCUCUGUGUUCUAUAUACUGCUCCUGUGUCAUAGUCUUGGGGUGUGCAAACCUGAUUGUUUGGGGUCUCCUUACAGAGCAACAGAGAGAAUGAGUUCUACAGCAAACUGGCUCAGCUGCACCUGGAGAAAUACAACUUCCCUGUGGAGAUGAUCAUCUGCCUCCCCAAUGGCACGGUGGUUCACCAUAUCAAUGCCAACUACUUCCUGGACAUUACUUCUAUGAAGCCUGAAGAUGUUGAAAGCAGCAUCUUUAGUUUCUCAACCAAUUUUGAAGACCCUUCAACUGCAACUUACCUCCAGUUCCUGAAGGAAGGACUGCAAAGAGCAAAACCAUACCUGCAGACCUAAAAACAAAUCAGUGCCCCACAGAGACAGCCAAAGACUUCAGAGAUCUAUUUUGAUUACAGCAACUCCUCCUCAUCCUCAUGCCAGACAUUGAUGUUGAGCUGCAGACAGUCCCAGGAUGGGGCUUUGCUCUGGGUGUUGGUUUGAGGCUGAGUUUCAAGUGAUACCAGUUUAUAUCACUUGCCCCUUUUGAGUUCAGGCAAAUUUUUACAGGAGUGAAAAUACUUGAAAACAUUCUCAGUGCAUACAUCUAGGUCUGCCACACACCCUCAUGUUUUUCCAGCUCCUGUUCAGACUCUGGUGAAACUGGUGUAACAGCAUCCCCCAGAAACCCUGAUCU